GUGAAUUUCACUGAACAUACUUCAAACAGCUGUUUGGCUUCUUGUUCUUCCUAUCCAUUGCAUGUGAAGCGAUUACCGCAGCACAAAAAUUAUUAAUUUUAGAAUUAAAAAUACAAAAUUUAUCAAAAGAAUAAAAUAUGUUUACGAAUAUUCUACACAAAACCUGCGCCGCUCUUAGCAACUAUGGACAAAUGAUGUUUACCCGUGAGGCCCAUGUCUUUAAUAGAGCUGUGCUGAAAUGUAAAGUUCGUUGUCAUUUUCCCAAGCCGCGCGAAGUAAAACGUAUUAAGGUGCACGGUUGGGAGGCACGGAUGUCCACCGAAGGUGGUCGCCGUGUCUUAAUGAGACGCAUUUUGAAGGGACGUUAUGAUUUGGCACAUUAGAGAAGAAAUUUGUUGGUUGAAAAAUAAU